UUUUGCUCGCUGUAGCUAGUCUGAGGAUUAAUGGAGGGGACUGUUGAUAUUGGCAUGUAAACCAUAGCUGAUCGGUCUUCAAACCUGAGAAAUCAGCGGGCUUGGGAUCCUGCGUGGAAACGACAGGGAUACCAUUAAAUUGUAUAAUUCUUGUUCUUGUCUAAAAAUCUGUUAGAGUUUAUUGACUCGCGAUAAUUGGAAAGGCAGGGCCUUAUUGCAAGACAGAGAUAGUUAGCUAGCUAGGAAGCUAACGUUAGAUACUACUAGCUAGCUAGCUGGUAGCAGCUUGACAGCUAGCCUAACUAAGCAAUAAGAACCGGUUUCGACGUUCUGGAUGGACUGGAGCAGUGGAAGCUGAGCAACAGUAGCAACAGGAAUAUUGUGAAGCUAGCAAAGUCUCUGGCUAGCCAGCGUUGGUACGCUUGCUGGCCAGCUGAGCGAGCAUUCUCGAUACGGCCCGGAGUUUUUUCCAACCUUGAUAAAGGAACAUUGGUGGAAGAUAUACAACCCGUUGACUCGGAAUGGUAGCAGCAGUCAGCUAGGUGCCGCUCGCUACAAUACAUUUAUAGAGAACAUUAGCUAGUGACCAAACGUUGACGAUUCGUUAAGUAAACUACAGUUAAACGCUUACUAAGAGACUCCCCAUCGGCCUGCAGUCAUGGGCAACGCGCCCACCGCCAAGAAGGGCAACGAGAUGGAGAGUGUGAAAGAGUUUCUUGCCAAAGCCAAAGAAGAUUUCCUCAAGAAAUGGGAGAAUCCAGCCCAGCAAACUGCGGCUCUGGACCAGUUUGAUCGUCUGAAAACCCUGGGCACGGGUUCGUUCGGUCGAGUCAUGCUGGUCAAGCACAAAGAUUCGGGCCAGCAUUUCGCUAUGAAGAUACUUGACAAACAGAAGGUGGUGAAACUGAAGCAAAUCGAACACACGCUGAAUGAGAAGCGCAUCUUGCAAGCCGUCAGCUUUCCUUUCCUCGUGCGGCUGGAGCACUCCUUUAAGGACAACACAAACCUGUAUAUGAUAAUGGAGUACGUCCCCGGAGGAGAGAUGUUCUCCCAUUUAAGGAGAAUUGGCCGAUUCAGUGAGCCGCACGCCCGCUUCUACGCCGCCCAGAUUGUUCUGACGUUCGAGUACCUGCACUCGCUGGACCUCAUCUACCGAGACCUGAAGCCUGAGAAUCUGCUGAUUGACCAGCAGGGCUACAUCCAGGUAACGGACUUCGGCUUUGCCAAGCGUGUGAAAGGCCGGACCUGGACGCUGUGUGGCACCCCGGAGUACCUGGCCCCGGAAAUCAUCCUUAGCAAAGGUUAUAAUAAAGCUGUGGACUGGUGGGCUCUCGGGGUGCUGAUUUAUGAGAUGGCUGCCGGCUACCCUCCCUUCUUUGCGGACCAGCCCAUCCAGAUCUAUGAGAAGAUCGUAUCGGGGAAGGUUCGCUUCCCCUCCCACUUCAGCUCCGACCUGAAGGACCUGCUGAGGAACCUGCUCCAGGUAGACCUGACCAAGCGCUUCGGGAACCUGAGGAACGGAGUCAACGACAUCAAGGGCCACAAGUGGUUCGCCACCACCGACUGGAUCGCCAUCUACCAGAGAAAGGUGGAGGCCCCAUUUAUUCCCAAGUGCAAAGGCCCCGGCGACACCAGCAACUUUGACGACUACGAGGAAGAGGAGAUCCGGGUCUCCUUCACAGAGAAGUGUGGAAAGGAGUUUGCCGAGUUCUAGACCCAACCAGGAGGAGUGGAAAGAGACAGGCAUGUAGAGAGAACCGGGGGGACAAAACGAAAGGAAACCGGAGAAGAGGUGUUAAGCUGGACUGCUCACUUGCAUCUUGUAUUGACGACAUCAACAAUGUAACCUCCCCCCCCCCCCUCCCCCUCCCACACACCCCCUCCCC